AUGGCUUCGUCACAAUCUGUCUCGACAACGACCCCGGGUGGACCAGCGAUCGAUCGGUACAAGCGAGCCUUUAGACGGUUUGCGUCGAUCGAACGGAAUGGCGAAAAGUUCAUGACCAAGGACGACUUUGUGAACGCCAUCGCCCCAGGAGAGGACUACAAGCGGCUACAGCGAUCACAGUACGGUGUCCUCUUCAAUGUCGUCGAUCGAGAACAAAAGGGCUACCUCUCCCUCUCAGAUUUCAUUGUGUUCGAAAACUUGCUGUCGCACCCUGACGCAGAGUACGAGAUCGCUUUCCGCCUGUUCGACACGACCGGCUCGGGCAAGAUUACUCGGGACCAGUUCAAGCAGAUCCUGUCCGCCAACAUUGGCAAGGAUGCGAUCCCCUUUGACUUUAACUGCGAGUGGCUCAACCUGUACACAGGAGGAAAGGACUCUAUACACGAGAUGCCCUACAAGGAAUUCACACAGCUCCUCAAAGGACUCCAGGCAGAGCGUCUUCGUCAAGAGUUCCGCUACUAUGACGCUGAGGCCACCGGCUACAUCACCCCGGACCAGUUCAAGAGGAUCAUGGUCGACAUUGCGGGUCACAAGCUGUCGGAUCAUGUACUCGAGAACCUUCCGACUCUCUGUAACAUUAGUGCAGGAAACAAGGUCUCGUUUGCAAACGUGAUGGCCUUUUACAACGUGAUCCGUGAUAUGGACAUGGUCGAGCGAGUGGUGCGCAAGGCGAUCGAGAGCAGCAAGGACGGUACGAUCACCAAGGCCGACUUCUUGCUGACAGCUGCUAAGGAGACCCGGUUCUCGCUGUUCACCCCCAUGGAGGCAGACGUUAUCUUUCACUUUGCUGGCAUGGAUAAUGCCUCGGGAAAGUUGACCCUCCGUGAUUUCUUUCGCCUUUUGGACUCAAAGUGGGAGCAUGCCCUCGCUAUCACACAUCCUGCAGCCCCUGAAGUCAAACACCGCCAUAUCCAUGAGAUUCUGAAGGGAUCCUACGCAUUCUUGCUGGGAUCUAUCAGUGGUGCUGUUGGUGCGACGGUGGUGUAUCCUAUCGAUCUGGUCAAGACACGGAUGCAGAACCAACGCUCCAAGGUUGUUGGAGAACUCUUGUACAAGAACAGUAUCGACUGCUUCCAGAAGGUCCUCAAAAACGAAGGUGUCCUCGGACUCUACCGCGGCUUGGGUCCUCAGCUCGUCGGUGUGGCGCCGGAGAAGGCGAUCAAAUUGACGAUGAACGACUUGGUGCGGAGGCAUCUGACGGACAGGAACGGAAACAUUACAUUUGUAGGAGAGUUGAUUGCCGGAGGUGUCGCAGGAGGAUCUCAGGUCGUGUUCACAAACCCACUGGAAAUUGUCAAGAUUCGCCUUCAGAUCGCAGGAGAAGCUGCCAAAUCGCUGGAUGUAGGACCAAGACCAUCUGCCAUGACCAUAGUUCGUACGCUGGGAAUUGUCGGCCUCUACAAGGGAGCCAGUGCCUGUUUGCUCCGCGACAUUCCCUUCUCGGCCAUUUACUUCCCGGUCUACGCUCACUUGAAGAAGGACCUUUACGGAGAAGGACCCGAUCACAGACUGACGAUUGGGCAGCUGCUGAUCUCCGGUGCGGUAGCCGGUAUGCCUGCUGCGUACUUUACGACGCCGGCCGAUGUGAUUAAGACGCGUCUGCAGGUCGAGGCCAAGAAGGGUCAGAGCACGUACACGGGGAUUAUGGAUGCGGCACGAAAGAUUUAUGCCGAGGAAGGGCUCCGCGCGUUCUUCAAGGGAGGGCCAGCGCGUGUCUUCCGGUCAUCACCUCAGUUUGGCACGACACUGAUGGUGUACGAGGUGUUACAGCGGGCUUUCCCCUAUGGAGGAGCACAGGAGACGGCCCUGCAUGCACUGGCACAUGCCAACAAACUUACGCAUGUGGAUGAUUUGAGCUAUCUCCAGUCCAAGAACGCGCUCAAGAUCCUCCUGGAUGUCCACUACAAGUUUGGCAUCGUUCCCCCCAACGCCAAGAUCCCCGCUGCUCCUUCUUCAUAA